UUUAAAGUCGACACCAUAAAAUUGACCAUUAAGAGAUUUUCGUCUUGGCUUUGGCUGACUGAAAAACAUAUAGUCAAUUACGAUUUGACUCGUUACAUCGAAAUAACAUUAGAAGCAUUGAACAAGAAGCCGCAUAUUGUUUUCAAUAUUUUAAUAAUGGCUAACGAUGAUGAAAACAAUUUGGGCAAACUGACAGAGGAAUCUUUGAGGCGAAAGGAGCGCUUGCAAAAGCUACGUGAACAAGCGCUAUCCAAGACUACGGACGCUAAAGAGGGUGCUGAAAAAUUGCCAAGGCCAGUGUUUCGCAGCUAUAAGCCACAUAAUGAAACCACAGAGGGCGAAGUACUACCACAAGAACCUACUGGUGAUAUUGAAACCGCUAUACAGUCGCAGCUUAAUUUGCUGCAGCAGCCAAUGGUUAUCGAUGAAAUAGACAUCACGAAUCUGGCUCCACGCAAGCCCGACUGGGAUCUAAAGCGAGACGUAAGCAAAAAGUUGGAGCGACUGGAGCGGCGCACACAGAAAGCCAUUGCGGAACUUAUACGCGAUAGGCUGAAAAUGAACCAGUUCGAGGACAUCAGCCAGGCUGUAAAUGUGGCCACGGCGCAAGUGCAAGCAGAAAAAAAUACGGAUGAAGAUUUUUGAAUUGAUCAAGAUAAUUAUGUUUAAUUAAAGCAAGGCUAAAAACAAUUAACUAACAAUCAUCA